UCCCAUCUCCGUGCGCCAGGGGUUGCCUGCAGAAGAGAGAAGGAUGAUGGCAGCCAGGUGUGCCCUUCUGCUGCUGUGCUGCAUGGUGCUCCUGCAGGUGGUCGGAGCCCGGUACCUGCUGAGCUGCCCCAAGGGUUGGUCCUACUACAAGCUGAACUGCUUCAGGUAUUUCCCCCAGCGCCGCACCUGGGAGGAGGCAGAGGCACAGUGCCAGAACAGCUACUCUGGAGCCCACCUGGCCUGGGUGGAGGAGCCCAAGGAAGCAGCCACACUGAGCCGGGUCAUCAUGUACUACCAGCGCACGCAGCCUGUCUGGCUGGGCCUGCACUACUUGCGGCAGAGCCGGGAUUGGCGCUGGACCCACGGGCAAAAGUACGAUGACCUCCCAACUCUUCCUGGGAAUGGUGCCCAAGGAGGAAGCUGUGCCCUGCUGACCAGGAGCAGCAGUUUCACCGUGUGGUCCAGUGCUGACUGUGACCGACAGCACCACUUCAUCUGCAAGUUCACACCUUCGCAAUGAGCAGAACCCCAUGCCCCCAUGCUCUUCUCACCCCACCUCUGCGCUUGUCCCUCUAUCUCUCAAAAAUACAUCUAUAAACAGAGAAGCAUGUGAGCAUGGUGUGCAUCCUGUGCAAAGUCCCCUGCUGCUUUGCCCGCUGACGGUGGAUGUGGAGACCUGUGGGGAAAGGAGGGUUUGGGGACAGCCCUCAGAAGCUGCAGAGCUAGGGCAGGCGUGGAGGGGUGGUGAUGUGUGAUGAAGGGUCCCUGCAUGAAGACCUGGGAGAUGGGAGUGGUUCCCAUGAACCCACAGCUCUGAGGGGCUGUGUUGACAUCAGCAGUCGGGGCCAAAGGUCCCUCGUUGUGUCAUUGCAAUGUGGUUCUGUGCAUCACGUGUCUGUUUGCUCUGCUGUUUUGGAAAUGGCUGUGCCUCCACCUAGUUCAUGUUUGUCCCCCGGGGCAGCCAUACAUGGAGAAUGACAUGUCCCAGGUGGCAUGGGUGGCACUGGGCACUCUCUGCUCUGUGCUGGGGAGUCACACAGCACAGUGACGGUGGGCUCUGCUGUCACCAUCAUCCCAAGCUCAGCGCUGAGCCAUCACCUGGUGGCACUAAGCCCACCCCAAUGCUCAGCCCUGGCUCCACGCAUCCCAAAAUGCUGGGACACCAGCCGCAGCCAUCUCACCAGUUGUGCCCUCCAAAUCCAGCACUUGCUGCACUGUCCCUGUCGUGUUGGCUGCUGCUCGCUGACCUUUGAGCACCAGUGCCCAAUGUGCUGAUAAGGGCUGGGGGGGCCGCAGUUGAUAAAAGCUGCACACCAA